AUGAAAAAUACAACCAAAAUGAUCAACCCAACUGAAAUAAUUCAAAAGUUAAGGAAUGAUGGGAUUCUUGAUGAAGUUACUAAUGACUUGAAUAGAUCUAAAAAUCCCUUAGAGUUACAAGAAAUAAUUCAAGAAAUCAAUACAUUGCAACAUAAAUAUCCGUGGGACUAUUCAAAGCAUUGGGAAGAGCUCCCUUAUUUAAACAAGGGAAUGGUUACUAUUUACAAUGUUAUGAUGGAAAUGAAAUGGAAAACAUCACAUCAUGAAGUGUUUUGGAGAAACCAUGCAAUCAAAUACUACCUAAAGAAUCACAAGCAAAGUAGAUUUGUCAACAGGUUAAUAAAAAAGAAGGCAAUAAAUACAAAGUCCCGUCCAUACCUGGUUCGUAAUAAUAAUCUUUACUAUCAAAACAGAAUUGUCCCCAUGUCGUACCCAGACUUCAAACAUUUGAUUCUAGACAUCCAUAAAAAUGCCAACAGUCACUUCAAUGAAGAAACGUAUUAUACAUUCAUUAAAGACUACCAUCUUGAUUGUCACCAGAUCUUAAUCGAUGAAAUUUUACAAAACUGUCAAGAAUGUCAAAAUCCAACUAUUGUUUACCAUUUUUAUCAUAUUCAAUGUUUUUUAAGGGACGGUUAUUGGCCAGAAUAUUUAUCGAAAGGUGCUUUAGCGAAGUUGAAAAAAUGUGCCCCGCUUUACAGUUUAAAAAAUAAUAAAUUGACUUAUAAAAACAGGGAAGUUAUUAUGAAUAGAAAUGAGCAGGUAAAAUUGUUACUGGUGCUUCAUCGCAAGAACCACCUAUGUACUUGGUUGGUUGUGCGAGAAGCCCAGAAACAUUUUUACUUUCGAAAUAUGCUUCAAGUUGGUGAUAAAAUACAAAAAAAUUGUCUUAGAUGUAUAACCAAAAAAACAAAGAAAGCUAUUAUUUCUAGAUCUACUGGAUUGCAACUGCCAAUUUUAUAG